UACCUAAAACGUUGUUUCCACAUGGUCUCGCCAAUCACUUGGCUCUGGUCAAUAUUGUCUGUGGUGGUGGCCACCAUCUGUACAUCCAGUCUUUUCCAGCCAUUCUGGUUCCUAAACCCUGAUUUUACACACUCGUUCGGAAUGUUGGCCUACUGUCAUUUAGAUCAAACGGCAAACUCAGAUGAUCUGCAGCAAAUUCCACAAUGUGCCUCUCCUGGACUCCAUGUGUCUUCUACUGUUCCCAGGACCCUUACUAUCCCUGUGACCUCUGCUUCACCUGGAACCCCUUCGUCACCUACUGUCUCCAAAUCCUUUGCUUAUCCUGGGACUUCUGUUACUCCUGGGACUUCUGUUACUCCUGGGAUUUCUGUUACUCCUGGACAUCCUGUGGCACUUGUAGCCCACUCCGUUCACUCCAUGCCAGUGUGUCAUAACUACGGUGGCGCAAUGUUACUGGGUAAGUUACCUACCCUUUCCUGGCAGGUUGCUGCAGUGCUGUAUGGAUCAGGUUGUUUCUUGACAGUCACGAGUUCAAUCCUCACCUUGCUUGCUCUGAUCGUGCCCUUUGCUCUUGAACAGAAAAUCGCCCGGAUCUGUGGAUUGUUACAAUCAUUAGCAGUAUGUCUACUGGUUGCUGGCCUUUUGCUUUACCCGGUCGUCCUAUCUUCUGCCUUCUUCAAGUUCCACUGCGGACAAUUGAGCAGCGGCUACUUCUGGUCCGGAAACUGUCGUAUGGGAUGGAGCUACAUGUUAGCAAUCACGGGAACCAGCCUGUCCGUCUUCUGUCCCUUCCUCUCCCGCUACACCGAUAUGAAGGUCGACGAAGUGAACCCACUUCAACAAAUUAUCCAUGUGUGAAGGGACUUGGUGGGGUUUCUAGAGCUGAAUAUCACAUUUGUGUGU